AAAGGCGAAACGGCUUCCUCGGCCAUGUCGCCCCUCACGAUGCUCAGAGCUGUGUGGGAGUCAACAUUCGUCCUCCUCUCUGUCCUUCCUGUCGUCCGCGCCUCCCCUUGGUCGCUCCUCCCCCGACUGCCGCCCGCUCCUCCCUCGGCAGGCAUUUGAAUAAUAUCUCCCACCUGCUUCCUUGUCCUCUUCCUCAGCUCGCAUUCGAGGGAGGAGACGCCUCGCCCUCAGAUCGGGAAUGUCAGGGCUUGGAUUGCGCAGAUGGGGGAGAAGAAGAGCGUGAGACCGGUCCGCUCUAGGGGCUUUUGGGGCUCCAUGUCGCCGCGGAUCGGGCUGACGCGGGGCUGGAGCUUCCUCGGCCGAUCCCCCUUCCCCGUGGCCUUCCUCCUCGGCUCUAUGACCGCAUCCGGGCUCGUCGCCGUCGUCUUCUACUGGUUCGUCGUCUCUGCAUCUCGACGCACCCCCGAUCCGGCCCUCGUCGGGUGCCGUCCGGACAGCGAGGGCUCCUGGUCCGUCGGGGUCUUCUACGGAAAGAGCCCCUUCUCGCUUUCCCCCAUCGAAUUGCAUGGGAGCAGCAACCCUAACAGUUCCGCUUGGCCGAUUGCCAAUCCCGUGCUAACUUGUGCGGGGCCAUCAAGUGCAGGAUAUCCUAGCAAUUUCGUUGCGGAUCCGUUUCUUUAUCUUCAGGACUCUGUUCUGUACUUAUUCUUUGAGUCGAAAAGUACCACUGCUAUGAAAGGUGAUAUUGGUGUUGCAAGAAGCUUUGAUCAUGGUGGCACCUGGGAAUUUCUGGGCAUUGCUUUAGAGGAGCCUUGGCAUUUGUCUUAUCCGUUCGUUUUCAGCUAUCAGAACCAAAUUUAUAUGAUGCCUGAGGGGAACAAAAAGGGUGAACUUCGACUCUACCGAGCUGUAAAAUUUCCACUUAAAUGGACUUUGGAGAAGGUUAUCAUAAGGAAGCCUCUUAUAGAUGCUUCCCUGAUUCAGUAUGAGGGUAACUUUUGGCUCUUUGGUUCAGAUUUUAGUAGAUUUGGUGUUGAGAAGAAUGCUGAGCUUGAAAUCUGGUACAGUAGCUCACCUCUUGGCCCUUGGAAGCAACAUCCCAGAAAUCCGAUCUACAGAAUUGACAAAAGUUUAGGAGCUCGAAAUGGCGGAAGACCCUUUAUAUAUGAAGGUUCUUUGUACCGUUUGGGCCAGGACUGUAGUGAGACAUAUGGCAGAAGGUUGCAGAUUUACAAAAUUGAAAAACUAAAUAAAGAAGAAUUCCAGGAAGUUCCCGCCAAUCUGAGGAUUGAAGAAUCAAAGAAAGGUCGAAAUGCCUGGAAUGGCAUCAGACAUCACCACUUAGAUACUCAGCAGCUUCCUUCAGGAAAUUGGAUUGCUGUUAUGGAUGGAGACCGUGUUCCUUCUGGUGAUUCCAUAAGGCGUUUUAUCACGGGUUGCACAUACACCCUGCUGUUGUUUUUCCUGGUCAUGGUCAUGUCCAUCCUGGUAGGUGCAGCAAAUUGUUGUUUGGCAUCUAAUAGAAGACAUGAAUAUUCUUGGCUUAGAACUCGUAUGCAUCUGAACUUCAGGGCCCGAAGAUACAUUACAUGCAUUAAAAGCUAUGGUUCUUCCAUCAGGUCAAGGGUAAAUCCAAAAACAUGCACCGGCAAGCUAGUCCUCAGCUUACUUGUUCUUCUUGGCAUAUCUUUUGUGUGCAUGUCUGUCCAUUUUCUAACGGAAGGUAAUGGAGCUGAAGAAGCUUACAUCUAUGAGGGCCAAUAUUCUCAAUUUACAAUGGUCACAAUGACUUACGAAGCUCGGCUUUGGAAUUUGAAGCUUUAUGUGAAACACUACUCCCAAUGUGAAUCAGUAAGAGAAAUUGUAGUUGUAUGGAAUAAAGGAAAGCCCCCAAGCGAGAGUGAGUUUGACUCAGCUGUGCCUGUGAGGAUACGUGUGGAAGAGCAGAAUUCUCUUAACAACAGAUUCAAGGUGGACCCUCUAAUCAAAACAAGAGCAGUUCUUGAGCUAGAUGAUGAUAUAUUGAUGACAUGCAAUGAUAUAGAGAAGGGCUUUAGGGUGUGGAGGGAGAAUCCUGAGAGACUCGUUGGUUUCUAUCCACGAUUAAUUGAUGGCAGCCCAUUGCAGUAUAGAAACGAGAGAUAUGCCAGGGGGAAGAACGGUUACAAUGUUAUCCUCACUGGUGCUGCUUUCAUGGACAGUGAGUAUGCUUUCAAUAAAUAUUGGAGCGAGAUAGCAAGAGAGGGAAGAAACUUUGUUGAUCAUUCUUUCAACUGCGAGGACUUGUUGAUGAAUUUCUUGUAUGCUAAUGCCAGUGCAGUGCGGACCGUGGAGUAUGUUCAUCCUGCAUGGGCUAUCGAUACUUCAAAGCUGUCAACUGCUGCAAUUAGUCGCAACACCCAGGUGCACUAUGACAUUAGAACAAACUGCUUAUCCAAGUUCUUAUCCUUGUAUGGUUCUCUUCCCUCAAGGUGGGAAUUUGGUACUAGGGUGGAUGGUUGGGAUAGAUAGACAACGUUCUGGAAUCUACUAUAUUUGGUUCGAUACUAGUGUUAUGUUCAUGCCAACUCCAGAACAAAGAUUUCGCAACGAUAAAGUCCUCACACAUUUCCAAGAUGAGUAGCAGACCAUCUGAUGAAGGUUGGUUAACUGAUCUCAAAGACAGAUCCUUAUUGCGACAUGAGAUAUGCACUGAUUUGCAAUGAUGCUCUUUGUUUCUCUUGUUCUUGCCGGAGCUGCUCAAGUUUCCGGUUUAAGAUGUAGCCUCUACUUAUAAGUUGCUUGUAUUUCUACCGUACUUUGUUUCUCUCAUGUAAUAUUUUUUAUCGGCCAAAAUACAUUAUUAUUUUUUUCUCUAUUGUCAUGAUUUUUUAAUGCAAUGUAAAAUCGAGGAGCCACAUCAGAACUCGGUUGUUGCGUGCA